AUGGCGACUGCAGUCCAGCACCAACCAUCUACGCGUCGCAAUGCGGCUGCUGCCCCCGGUCCUGGCCCAUCAACCAACCGCAAUAGCAAGCGCAUCUCCACCACAUCGUCCAGCUCGGGACGCGAGCCUGAUGCCAAGUCGAUUGGCCAGUGGCGUAUUGGACGAACCAUUGGCAAGGGCUCAUCUGGCCGCGUAAAGAUCGCCAAGCACGCCCUCACCGGACAGUAUGCUGCUGUCAAGAUUGUGCCCAAGGGUCUCAUCCUUUCGUCGCGCUUGUCAAUGGACCAGGCCGGCGCACGCGCAGAAAAGCUACUGUUGGGCAUUGAGCGCGAGAUUGUCAUCAUGAAGCUCAUUGACCACCCCAACGUGUUAUCACUGUAUGACGUUUGGGAGACCAACUCGGACCUCUACCUCAUCAUGGAGUACGUUCCCGGCGGCGAGCUCUUCGACUAUCUCGUCCGUCGUGGUCGUCUGCCACCAAAUGAGGCUCUGCACUACUUUCAGCAAAUCAUCUUUGCUGUCGACUACUGCCAUCGCUUUAACAUUUGCCACCGCGACCUGAAACCUGAGAACUUGCUCCUGGACAAGGACAAGAACAUCAAGGUGGCCGAUUUCGGCAUGGCAGCGUGGCAGGCAGACGAGCGCAUGCUGGAGACGUCGUGUGGGUCACCACACUACGCGUCGCCGGAAAUUGUGGCAGGAAAGGCUUACAACGGAUCGGCGAGCGACAUUUGGUCCUGUGGCAUCAUCCUGUUUGCGUUGUUAACUGGCCGGCUACCCUUCGACGACGACAACAUUCGCACGCUGUUGCAAAAAGUCAAGAUUGGCCACUUUGAGAUGCCCGAUGACAUUGACAUGUCGGCACGAGACUUGCUUCGCAAGAUGCUUGACAAGGAUCCCGAGGAGCGUAUCACCAUGCCCGAGAUCAUGGCACACCCAUUCUUCAUCAGGAGUCCACCCCGACUCGCUGGUGGCCGCGAACUGCCCACCCCGCUGGCACUAGACACCAUGGCGCGUCCCGUUCCCGUCCACGACAUUGACCCCGAUAUCAUGGCCAACCUCAGGACGCUGUGGCACGGCGCGACCCAGGGGGAGAUCUACAAGGCGCUCAUGAGCCCCGAGAAGACUUGGGAGAAGGCGAUCUACCACCUUCUCGUCAAGUACAGGAAUCGUCAUUUGGAAAACUACAACAUGGACGAUGACUCGGACGAGGAGGACACGGACGAGGACCGCGCGCGUCCCCACGCGCGUCCAGUGCGUGCACAGAACGCUGCCAUUCCCCCAGGCUCGCCGCAAAAGAUGCGUCGUAUCGAGGAGCCGUCGGCUGGUGCUCAGCAGGCUCAGCGUCGCGCACCACCCACGCCCGUUGCCCCGCUCCACAUUCGCCGGAAACCUGCUCCUCUGCGCGAGAACGGUACCAUCCAGCACCACAACACGCCUCCUCCUCGCCCUCAGGCCCCCACACCGAAGAAGGCGGCCCAGGCUGCUCAUGCUGCUUUCCAGACCGACUCGCCGGUGGUUCGCACGCCGUCCAAGCUUGGUCCUCGUUCACCGGCCCCCGCCGGCCCUCGUUCACCCGGCGGACUGCGUGCGCCGCCAGCGCCAGCCAUCACUUUGCAAGAGGCUACCCCAGUCAAGGAGCCCACAGUUCCUCAGGCCAAGGUGUCUGCUGGCGAUGGUAUCAACGCGGCUCAUGUUGCUGGUACCGCUGCGGCCAUGGGCCUCGCCGACGCGCCUCAGCUGCCACCCCUCUCGCCUCCUCAUGUCGAGAACGCUCAGCUCCAGAACUUUUUGUGCGAGAUUGCCAACCAGCUCAACUCGAUGCACAUUCGCUCGUCGACGGCUUCCAGCAGCUCGGGCAACUCGGCCCUCCAGGGCCCAGAGUUUGCGGCGUACAUGCAGUACAUGUCGACCGUCUCGGCCACGCCCGUGACGUCGCCUCGUCCCGAGCAGCAGAACGACAUGGCCCACCGCCUGGGCGAGUCGGCGCGUAUUGUGGAAGAGGAGGAGGAAGGAAGCGACGACCAGUUUGGCGAUGCUCCAGACGAUGACACCGAGGCCAUGUCGCUGAACUCGAUCUCAGUCGACCACCACGGCUCUGUCCCUCGCUACGCGUCGUCGCCUGUUCCUGCCUCGCCCAUGUCUCCCAUGGUUGGUCUCGGACUCGGUGCGGCGCCGCGUGCUCCCUCGCGCAACAGCCAGCUGCCACCUCCCGUCUCUGGCCGCUGGAGCCAGGCAUCGGGCAGCUACCGCACCCGCUCCAUGUCGAGCCGUUGCGAGUCGCCCGUGCUUACCACCCCGGCCUUCCACCAGACGACGUUUGGCCACCAGAGCCUGCCGCCUCCCGAGACACAGCCUCGUUCCGUCUCGGCCGGCCACGCGCACCACUCGCUUCCUCCUGCGCCGGUCUCGCACCUGCACGCCGAGCGUUCGGCUCCGCCGCCGCCGCCGCCCAAGAUGUCGACACGGUCGGCUCCUCCCGCUCCAAGGACGGUCUCGAACGAGCACGCUCUUCCUGUUCGUCCGCGCGUCGAGUCGCACCUUGGCCGCGAGAACUCGUACGUCAUGAUCGACGACAUUGCCGACAUGCCCGACGACACCAAGACGAGCACUUGGGGCAGCAGGCGCAGCAACGGGCCCUUCCACGCUCGCAGCACCGACGGCUUUGGCAUGCUCAAGAAGCGCAAAAAGCAGUCGGGCCCCGCCGACCCUGUGGCUUCGACCCUGCCCAACUCGCACAGCUCGCCCAAGCACUCGUGGUUUGGCAACCUGUUCUCGUUCAAGCCUGCUUCGUACGACAUUAUCGUGCCUUGCCCCACCGUCAGCGAUGGUCGCGACAUUGUUCGUCGUUGCCUCAUGGUUGCCGGUGUUCAGGUCAAGAUCGUCGAGUAUGACGGCUGCCGCGCACUCAAGUGCAAGAUUCUCGACACGCGCGACAUUUACGGCAAGGUCGUCAAGGGUGUGCGUUUCCGCAUCGAGUUUUCGCGCAUGGUCGUGCCCACAAGCGAGGCCCAGGACCUUCGCUUCGGUACCAACGCCUGCCUCACUCUGGAGAAGGGUGCCCAGUCGAGCUUUACCACGGCGUACAAUGCGCUCAAGAAGGCGGUUGAGGCUGAGGCUUCCCCCCUUUCCCCUGUCGCUGUCCCCCGCACCUCGUUCACCCUCCCGCGCCCCUCGCGUCCCGGUGCUCGUCCCUCGCUCUUUGACGCGGGUCUGAACGUCCCGGCCCCCGUUCGCAGCUUUGGCAGUGCUCCCAACACGCCGCAGUUUGGCCCCCAGUUUGGCACCUACGCGUUCACUGGCGUCAACCACCACCACGCGACCCACCCGCGUCCCAACACCAUCCGGUUCUAG